AUGCCUUCCCGAAAACGCAAAUCUGCACCGGCCGUCAAGGAGCCUCCCGCAACCCCCGACGCGCCCGCAACACGUCGUCGGUCAUUACGCGUCAGCUCGACAGGGAAGAAGAGCAAGUAUUUUGAGGCAGGGUCGGAGUCUGAUGCCGCUGAAAAUGGUAAUACACCAAAGAAAGGAAGCGGCAAGGGUAGACCCUCCAAGAAGGCCAAGAUUGAGAUCGAAUCAGAUGAGAACGGAGACGAUGGAGACGACUACAAGGAGGAAGACGAGGAAGAAGAAGAAGACGCCGAGACAGGCGAGGUAGUCAAGCCAGGAGCUGAGGAAAGUGACGAAGAAUUCGACGAGGACGCCCCGCCAAAGGUAACCUUCAUCCCGCGUAUCCAGCUGCGCGACACCAACGGCAUCGCGUACGCCGACAACACCGUGCACCCCAACACACUCGCCUUCCUCCGCGACCUCAGGGCGAACAAUAAGCGGUCAUGGCUAAAGGCCCACGACGCUGAGUACCGCCGCGCGCUCAAGGACUGGGAGUCUUUCGUGACGACCCUCACGGACAAGAUCAUCGCCCUGGACCCCACCAUCCCCGAACUGCCCUUCAAAGACGUCAACUUCCGCAUCUACCGCGACAUCCGCUUCACCAACGACCCGACCCCUUACAAGGCGCACUUCUCCGCCGCCUUCUCCCGCACCGGCCGCAAGGGCCCCUACGCCUGCUACUACGUGCACCUGGAGCCCGGCGCCUGCUUUGUCGGCGGCGGGCUGUGGCACCCAGACGGCCCCGCGCUGCACAGGCUGCGGGCCAGCAUCGACGAGCGGCCCCAGCGCUGGCGGCGCGUGCUGAACGAGGUGGGGUUUCGGGAGAGGUUUUUGGGGGGGAAGGGGAAGAAGGGGGGUGGUGAUGUGGGGGAGGGGGAUGGGGAGGGGGAUGGGAAGAAGGGGGGUGAUGGGGAGGAAAAGGCGCUCAGGGCGUUUGCCGAGAGGAAUAAGGAGGGGGCGUUAAAGACGCGCCCCAAGGGGUUCAACCCGGAGCAUCGUGAUAUGCAGCUGCUGAAGCUGAAGAACUUCACGGUUGGCACCAAGCUCGGCGAGUCGUUGUUCACGCAGGCGGGUGCCCAGGCGGCGGUUGCCCAGAUCAUGGGGGAUAUGGUCGGGUUUGUCACCCAUCUUAACCGGAUUGUUAUGCCGGAUCCGGGGGAUGAUGAUGAUGAUGACGAGGAUGAGGACCAAGAGGAUGAGUGACGAGUGAGUAAUGGGGGCGGGGGCGAGUUGAAGCGGGUUGGAUUUCGGGGCGGAUUGGUGAUGCUGUAAUCUUGGAUGUCAUGUUUGUCACUCACUCUACUUGGCACUCUAUUUGGAUACCCACUGCUUGCUUCAUUGCGUUCCACCCGAUCCUUUCUGCCUGCCAUCACAUGCACCCGUCAUCGCACACGCAAAGAAACGCGAUUCAUUAUUAACGGUGGGUAUCGAGUAUGGGAUAUCUUAAAGCCACGCCGAGCUCCC